AUGGCGACUCCGGCGGGUGCUCCCCCGUCGCGCACCCUCCAACGCCAAUUCAAGGGAUGCUGCAAGAUUGGCGAGUACGAGAUGAUGCAGAAACUGGGCGAAGGCACUUUUGGUGAAGUCCACAAGGCGCGUCAGCGAUCGACCGGCCAUGUCUUUGCGCUCAAGAAGAUUUUGAUGCACAACGAAAAGGACGGGUUCCCUAUCACGGCGCUGCGAGAAAUCAAGCUCCUCAAGAUGCUGUCGCACGAUAACGUCCUGAAACUAGAGGAAAUGGCUGUAGAGCGGCCCAAAACUGAAGGCAGGAAACGUGCGAUACUGUACAUGGUCACGCCGUACAUGGACCAUGAUCUGUCAGGUCUCCUCGACAACCCCGAAGUCCAGUUCAAGCCACCGCAGAUCAAGUGUUACAUGCUGCAGUUGUUCAAGGGUCUGGCAUACCUACAUGACAACCACAUUUUACAUCGAGACAUGAAGGCAGCCAACCUUUUGAUCAACAACUCUGGGCGAUUACAGAUAGCCGAUUUCGGUCUUGCCAGACACUACGACGAACCGGUUCCACAAAGAGGCAGGGGCAAUGGUGAGGCAAAACGCGAAUACACUUCACUAGUUGUUACUAGGUGGUACCGACCGCCAGAACUGCUCUUGCAACUCCGAAGAUACACACCGGCGAUCGAUAUGUGGGGCGCAGGCUGCGUCUUUGGUGAAAUGUUCAAGCGCAAGCCCAUCCUCACGGGCCAAAGCGACAUACAUCAGGCACAGAUUAUCUUCGAGCUGGUUGGAUCCCCGAACGAUACGAGUAUGCCGGGCUGGAACGAGCUACCAGGAGCAGAACCUGUUCGCGCGUUCCCAACAAGUACUGGAAAUAUUGCGCAAAGAUUCCGUGAACUAUCGCCCCUUGGACUGUCGCUUAUCAAGGACCUCAUGAGACUCGACUGGCGGAAACGUAUCAACGCGAUUGAUGCCAUCGACCAUCCAUACUUCCGAGAGGAACCAUUACCAAUGCGCGAAGAAGAUAUUCCUCACUUUGCCGACUCACACGAGCUGGAUCGCCGGAACGCUCGUGGCCAAAGGCAAGCACUUCCUCCUGCGCCACAAGGCGGUACUGUAGGUGGAGGUCCCAAUGGAGAAUGGACAGGCCAAGACCGAGGGCCACCGGGUGUCGACCGUGGCCUCAGAGGUGGUGGUGGCGGCGGCUACGACCGACGAGGCUACGAACACCGACCCCCUCCACCCCCUCCCCCAGGAGAACGACGUCCAAAUUGGGGCGGCGGAGACCGCGGCCACAACAACCUCCCCGCACCCCCAGCAGACGGCCGCCACCCGCUCCCUCCCGUCCCCCGCUACGGCCCCGAUGGCGCAGACCGCCGCAGAGGUAAUGUUCCCCCCGGCGACACCUACAUCCCCAGCUACGGCGCAGACGGACACCGUCGCUCCCGCGAACCAGACGACCGUCCACGCCGCGGCUCCCGCGACUCUGGCAAUUCCCGUGAGGGUUACACCGACGACCGCGCUGAUCGGAGCCGCGCGUAUCGUGAUCGUGACCGCGACCAUCGAGGCGGCAAUAGAGGAAACUUUAUGCAGGAGAGGCGGGAUGCGCGUACGCGGUCGAGGAGUCCCGAGCGCAGAGAUGCGAAUGGAAGUGGCAAUGGAAGGGGGAGGGAUGUCUCGGAUAUUUAUAGGAGGAGAUGAGGAUGCUAAUGCUGAUCAAAGGUUCGGUCUGGUCUUUUUUUUCUUCUUCUUUCCUCUUUACAUUCUUUGUUCGUGGCCGAACCUGGUCCCGUUUGUGGAGUUUGGGUUGCCAACCCCCAAAUGGAUGAGAGAUUUGCAUGGUUUACACUUCGAAGUUUG